CUGAAUUUUUUAUUGACGUUUCAUUUUGGGGGCGGAAUCAUAUUCGGAUAUUCCUCAUCAAUUCUUCGUAAAAAUACAAGAAUUGCAAAAAAUGAUAGUUACAAUUUUCGCACUCUGAUGUCUACAUAAUAAGGAACAUAAAUACAAACCUUCAAGAUGAUUGGGGGCUUGUUCGUGUACAAUCAUAAGGGCGAGGUGUUGAUAUCGAGGGUCUACAGAGAUGAUAUAGGGCGGAAUGCGGUGGAUGCGUUCAGAGUGAACGUUAUUCAUGCUCGCCAGCAAGUUCGCUCACCGGUUACGAAUAUCGCUCGUACAUCCUUCUUUCACAUUAAAAGAGCGAACAUAUGGCUGGCAGCAGUCACAAAGCAAAAUGUGAACGCCGCUAUGGUAUUUGAGUUUCUGCUGAAGAUCAUUGACGUGAUGCAGUCGUACUUCGGCAAGAUCUCAGAGGAGAACAUUAAGAACAACUUUGUGCUUAUCUAUGAGCUUCUUGAUGAGAUCCUUGACUUUGGUUAUCCACAAAAUUCUGAUACUGGUGUGUUGAAGACAUUCAUCACUCAGCAAGGAAUAAAGUCUGCUUCCAAAGAGGAACAGGCUCAGAUCACCUCGCAGGUGACAGGACAAAUAGGAUGGCGUCGUGAAGGCAUCAAAUACAGGCGCAAUGAACUGUUCCUCGAUGUACUUGAAUAUGUCAACCUUUUGAUGUCACCUCAAGGUCAAGUACUAUCGGCCCACGUGGCCGGUAAGGUGGUGAUGAAGUCGUACCUCUCCGGCAUGCCUGAGUGCAAGUUUGGCAUCAACGACAAGAUUGUCAUGGAAGCCAAGGGGAAAGGGAACGGCGGUAUAUCUGGCAACACAGACAGCGAGGGAGCCCGUUCUGGCAAGCCGGUGGUCGUGAUCGAUGACUGCCAGUUCCACCAGUGUGUGAAACUGAGCAAGUUUGAGACGGAGCACUCUAUUUCGUUCAUACCGCCUGAUGGAGAGUUUGAGCUUAUGAGGUACCGAACAACCAAGGACAUUUCCCUCCCGUUCCGCGUGAUACCCCUGGUCCGUGAAGUGGGACGCACCAAGAUGGAGGUCAAAGUUGUUCUCAAGUCCAACUUCAAGCCGUCCCUGCUUGGGCAGAAGAUUGAGGUUAAGAUACCAACACCGUUGAACACUAGCGGAGUGCAGUUGAUCUGCUUGAAGGGGAAGGCGAAAUAUAAGGCAUCGGAGAACGCCAUUGUGUGGAAAAUUAAACGCAUGGCCGGCAUGAAGGAAACGCAACUGUCUGCGGAGAUAGAACUGCUUGAAACGGACACUAAGAAGAAGUGGACCCGACCACCCAUCUCCAUGGGCUUCGAGGUGCCUUUCGCACCUUCUGGAUUCAAGGUCCGCUACCUCAAGGUGUACGAGUCUAAGCUAAACUACUCGGACCACGAUGUGAUCAAAUGGGUGCGCUAUAUUGGAAGAUCUGGCCUUUACGAGACGAGAUGUUAAUGUUUUCUUCAUUACUGAAGCAAACGCCGUGGCAUUUUUUUUUGUAUAUAAAAGAAAUCAGUUUAUCCAUUCGAUGAGUUUAAUUUUCACAAUGUAUGCUGGAUCGUACAUCCUAAAAAUACAUUUAUUGUUUAAUCAAUUAUUAUAUUUUAUUAAAAAUAAUACAUUCGUAUACAAUAAUGUUGGGAAUCUCAAUUUUCUGGUUUUUUAUGAAAUUUUGUCAAAAAUAACUCGGAAUGUUUUUUCGUAGAUUUUGAAGCUUCAAAUAAAUAAUGUAUGUAUCCAAUGGUAGAUAAUAAUUUCGUGAUUUUAGACGAAAUUUCCAGUUGAUUUUAAGUGUUUUUAACUAAGUUUUAUUUUAAUUAUGUCAUUCCUUUAGAUAUUUUAACAAGGGUUUGUUGUAUUAACAUUUUUUCCGGUUUUAUAUUCAAUCUAUUUUUAAUGUGUACGUUUGUCUGUUGGACACCCUGUAACUGGUAUGUUUUUCUUGAAUUUUAGAUUGAAUAUAGAAAUCGAGUGUUAGAUUAAUUUUCUCGAUACAAUAGUGGUUAUAGGGCCGAUUUUUCAAUCCUUGGUUAAAAUUUAUCCGUCCAAUAAAGUAUUACACGAACAUAUUAAAAUGUCACCUGUAAACUGUCAAAUACG